AUAAGCGUAUACUCAGAGCGAGCAUUAGAGGGCUUUCGUAAACCAUCCAAGUCUUUUGAAAUUGAACUGCACGCAGAAGAAAUCAGAUAGCUAUUAGGAAGUUUAGAUAUAAAACCAACAGUAAGAAAGUAUUUUCUCUUGGCUGACCGAUUAGCUGUGCCUAAGGCAACAUGAAUCCUGUACUUAAUACUUUGUUGUUUUCAGUGCUUCUACUUCUGACCCACAGAAUUCAGGAGCUGGUGGAGGCGUGCAGCUGUGCCCCUGCUCAUCCGCAGCAGCUCAUCUGCGACUCGGCUUUAGUGAUUCGAGCAAAAAUAACCAGUGAAAAGGUGGUUCCAGCCAGUGAUGAUCCUCUUGAUACCCACAAAAUGAUCCGGUAUGAAAUCAAACAAAUAAAGAUGUUUAAAGGAUUUGAAAAGCUCAAGGAUGUCCAGUAUGUAUAUACCCCUUUUGAUUCAUCGCUUUGUGGAGUGAAACUAGAAGCUAACAACAAAAAACAGUAUCUUUUGACAGGCCAAAUUUUAAGUGAUGGUAAAGUCCUCAUCCAUUUAUGCAACUACAUUGAACCAUGGGAUGAUUUAUCCUUAUCUCAAAAGAAGAGUCUUAAUCAGAGAUAUCAAAUGGGCUGUGGCUGCAAAAUUACUACCUGCUACAUGGUGCCCUGUUCAAUCACUACACCAAAUGAGUGCCUCUGGACAGACUGGCUGAUAGAAAGAAAGCUAUAUGGGCACCAAGCCAAGCAUUAUGCCUGUAUCAAGAGAAGUGAUGGCACUUGCAGCUGGUACCGAGGUGGUCCUCCCCCAGAGAAGGAGUUUAUUGAUAUCAGCGAACCUUAAAAUGAUCAUUUCCUAAAAAGCCUUGGAGUCUAAUUCCAUCAAACAUCGCACGCUCACAGCUUUGAACUGCCAUCAUCUAAUGUAUCUGUUGCUUAUAAACAAAGCCAAAUUGUCCUGUACAGCUAAAGUCCAAGUCUGUGGAAUUGGCACUCAUGCAAGAUGAGGAACAAACCUCCUGGAGAUAGCUACUCUGUAAAGUUAUGCUUUGUACAGAGAGGCUUAAGCUGAGAAUGCUCCUCUGUGUCCUCUAAAGGCAUAACCAGUUUCCCUUUUACCAAUAUGAAUGUACAAGAACAAAAGAAUUGCCAGAAUUUUGUCCCAUUUCUGUUAACCUACAGAUUGAGCCUCAUGUUUUAUUCCAAAUCUUUCUGAUGAACUACAGAAUGUUUUAUAGAACUAUUUUUUUCUGUAUGAAAGUGUUCUGAUACAAAAGAAUUAUUGUACAGUGUAUAUGUAAAGUAUUGUAACAAUGUGCUAUGAAAAAAACAGAUACAAAAAUCCCCGAUUUUCCUUAUCUGUUGAAACAAGUUGAACACUUCUGUGAUUAAAACAGUCUGUGCUUCAUAUUCUGUAUGUCACUUAUGUUAUGGCUUGCUUUAUCUACAGAGUUGUAACUUUCAUUGAUAAUCAAAAUACUCUUACUUGAGUCCACAUCCCUAUGGACUAGCUAUACCUUGUUGAAGGAAAAGCCACGUGUUCUAAUGCUUCAGUGUUUUAUAGACCCAAUACAAAUAAUGACAGGCUAAAACUGCUUAUAUUUACAGAAACCAUGUCCAUCUUCAUGGCAGCUGUAAUACUUGAUAAUGCCUCUCUAAAUAUGUGAUAUUUCAUUGUAUUUCAGCACUGUUAAAAGCCUUGGCUUUAGAAACUCACAUAAAAAUACCUGCAAUAGAUACUGAGUAUCUUGCACUGAAAGUGAUUUCUAAAAAGCUCGCAAAUAUUUGACCAUAUUUAAUAGCUUAAAUUUACAUUAAUGAUUUUUCAUUCAUGAAUACCCAUCGCACACUGUCAUAAUGCAUUUGGCAACUCAUAAACCUGUACUAGAGAAGUGUUACAAUGUAUUUAGUUUUUUAGUGUGUGAACUUUUAGGAAUUGAUUACUGUAGGUAAUAACUAAUCUCACACAUAUUUAAGUUUACUAAAGUAAUUAAAUUCACAGUGAUAAAAUCUAAGAAAAUCUAAGUUAAUGCCAAAGUUUAGACAAUUGUCCAACUGCUUGCAUUCUAGAAAAUGGAUGAAAACCAUCACGCAGCAUAUGACCCUGUAAUAGCUGCCAUUUCUGCCAUAUUUUACUCCGAUUUUCUCCAUUGGGUUUGUUUCACUUCAUUCUAAUUUUGGUCAAAAAUUACUCUCAUGUAUUCCCCAUAUGAGAAUUUAGGCAGAGAUUUAGACAGUUCUGUUCCUGUUUGGUUAGAUCAGGUCUAGUUAAAGGUGUAACACAAACACUUUACUCAUUCCUGCUAACCAUAGCAUGACAUUUCCAGACUAUGGGUUCAUUAAGAAUCAGAGCUGUUACUGUCUAUUGGUUCAAGAGUCCAGUUUUCCAAAUAGUUCCUUUAGUCUGUUUGCAAUAGACCCCUUAUAAAAUCAUCAGGACUUAAACUUGCAAAGAAGCUAGGCAAAUCUUAAAGUGUAUAGGCAUCUCUAAUUCCAUUCAGUUCAAUGAAGUAGUAGUCUGGACUUAAAAUUCAGCAUGUCCCAUGUAUCUUGUCAUACCCUAAGAUAUGUCGUAUUGGAUAUAUAACGUAUACUGGCAAAAAUACUCUAUAAAUGAUUUUUGUGAUAUAUUCUGUUCGUGUUUCUAACGUUUAUUUUGACAACUGCAUGAAUCCAUAUUUAAAGAAUAGACAAUGGCAGCUUUGAAAACACUUUUGUGAGAAUAAACAUUCUGAUAUACUUUUUUUGUGAUUAAACCUACACAAUCCAGUGAAGUGCAAAUGGUGCAAGGCCAACAGGAAGGCAUGCCAUUAUUCCUUUGAGGAAUAUAUGUCUCUUAAUAGUAAACAUUUCACUUUUACUUUACAACUGUAAAUUAAAACAGGAAAAUUGAAAAUUGAUUUACAGUAAAUAAAAACACCAUAUAUUUGUGCUGUCAACUGUAAAGCUUAGUUCAUUUUCUGCUUUGCUAAAGACAAACAAAAAUUUACCUAACUUUAGUUUGGACCAUAGACUUAUUGUGGCUACUUAUGUAACUGAAACAAAAAGGCUACAUUUCUUUCAAAAAGGAACUGAUAUUGUAGAGACUAUAUUGACAGUGCUAUUUACUGUCAGUGCUGUGCAUUUAUAUCGCCAAUUUACAGAAAGACUUAAAAAACAGGCCUUAUUUCCUCAUGUCAAACCAAAACAAUUCCUAGACAAGCCUGCAAGACCUUAAUAACCAUACAAAGUCUGAAUAAAGCACAUGGCUAAUUAAUAUUCAAUACAUGUACAGUGUAACAUUUGUUUCCACAUUAAUUUUGAUGUCAUGGUGUCUUUUGAAUAGCACUCUGCAGCAAACAGGUAUUUUCUGCUUUUUAACUCAACAUAGUUGUUUCUAUUUUAGUUUUACAGUAAUUAUAGUAUAGUGACCUUAAACUCAACUAGCCCAACUCAGAUUGCCUUCUUUAUGUACCUUGUAAAAAUGUUUUCUUCAAUAUUUAUGAACAAACUGAAAUAUGAAUAGUAUGCCAUAAUUAGUUUUAAAAAUGUUUUAUAUUUGACCAGCCAUAAAAUAUCCCAUACAAGGUGUUUUAAAAUUAAUGGCUGUCCACUUUGAUUUCUGUCUGAGCAUGCAUCUGGCCAAACUUCCCACAAUGGAUGGUGCAAAGAUUUUUUUUUUUUUUACUCAUAUGAAUAAAUAUGGCAAGAAAAGCUUUACAAAAAACCCUCUCAGAAUGAGUUUUUAUUUUCCCUGAGAUUCAACACUGAAAGAUUAUGAAAAGGAUUAACUACAGUGUGGCAUUCUAAAUAUGUUAUUCUCCUAUCAAGAUUUUUACUGUAGUGGUAUUGAUAUAUUAUCAACAGCAGAUUAUUUUCACAACAAUUUAUUUUUACUUCUUAAAACUGUUUAUGUGUUAUCUGAAAGGUUAGAGCAGAAAUAUAGCCUGGUACAACAUUUGAUUUUAAUUUGAAAAUUACUCACAUGACUUAUGAUAAGAGUAAAGAAUAGAGAAAUGAAACUGUAUAGGUAAAUGGUGGAAAAACCCCACCUUGAAUAUUGCUGCCUCCUCCUCAAUGUUCCAGUUAACUUUUAAUUAAAUUGUACAAUUAUGUUGAAAAAGCUAGGGUUAUUUUUUCAUUACAGAGAACAUAGGAGGUAGGAAUUUAGUGAAAUAAAGGGAACUCAUUACUGAGGGAAAGGCUAUAGAGAUGACUCAACUUGCAAGGAGUUCAAAAAGCCUUACAGCAUUAUGUAUAGUUUUAAUCAGUCUGAGAUGAAUGUUUCUGUUUCAAAAAGUGUUUCAUUAAAGCAGCUCCAUUUUUACACAAAAGAAUGGCAUCUUUGUUUAUUUACCCUUUAUUGCCGUGUAAAGCCUCAGUACAAAUGAUCACCAUAGUAUAAAAGAAGCAAAAGAAACAGAAGCACAGCCACACCUCUGGCAUGCUCAACUGAAAACGCAAUUCAUAGAGAUUUGGACUUUUCCCCUGCUCCCCGCCCCACCGCAGUUGGUUUGGACUGGAGGGGAAGGAGAGCGCUCUAGGUUACAAUUUGGAGAAUAAGAAGGGAAGGAACGAACACAAGAGGAGGUACCAAAAAUUAUUUUAAACUGAAAUGGCAAACUCCAUAAAAGUAAAUGUAAAUAAGGCCAGCUAUUAAUAAACUGUGUUUGAAAACCAGGAAAAUUUAAAUAGCAUUAUAUGAUUUCAUCAACUCUGAUAUUCAGAUCAUUUUACAACCAGUUCUAGAAAUCUGAAUAAAAUAUUAUCUUGUACCAUGUUGCUUGACUAUUCUUCGAGCCACAAAGUUCCAAAUCAUUUCUUAAGAAGGAAAAAAACAACAAAAAAAGAGCUUCCUCACAAUCGGUUAUUACAGCACCUCUAAACCAUGUAUGGCAAUGCAAUAUCCGAAUGCAUUAAUUUUCUCUAGAUUAACAUAUAUUAGGUAGAAAUAUGUAAAGAAAUUAUUCAGGUGUAGAGAACAAAAAAGUUCAAGACGACAAAUAACAUCAGUUCAGACAUUAAUGAGUGAUGUAGAGGAACAAAGAGGGGAAAAAGUCAAAUAUUUGUUAUACUCUUAAGCAAAGUAUGUCUUAUAAACACAUAUACACACUUUCUUGUUUGUGUUCUAUUACUGAAUUUGAAUUCAAUUCAUUUUUCAAGACAGCAGUUUGCUACUGAACUGGUAGACCUACAGGGUCACACUACUUAAAAAUAAAAAGCUAACACAUUAAUUCUUGUGCCAAAAUUAUAGCAUAUUUUCUUUGUUUCUAUGUACUGCAAUUUAGCAAUGCAUUAAAAGGCCUGCUUUUCCAAUAAAAUCAUAGAAUCAUAGACUAUAUUGAGUUGGAAGGGACCCAUAAAGAUCAUCGAGUCCAACUCCCUGCUCCUCGCAGGACUACCUAAAACUAAACCAUAUGACUAACAGCACUUCCAGACAUUCCUUGAACUCUGACAGGCUUGGUGCCGUGACCACUUCCCUGGGGAGCUUGGAUAAUAGCUGAUAAAAUAACAAAGAGAACAAUAAAUUGUGCACAGAAAAUUAUAAAUCAGCUUUAAUCCUGGCCAUUCUCAGGAAAAUAGUGUGAUAUAAAACUUACUGCCAUUUAAAAAAGCAUAUUGCAAAACAUCAGAUAUGGUUUUGCUUCUCUACCUGUUACGAAUGAAACCCCAAGGCACGAAACACUUCCUUUGCAUUAAAAAAAAAUAAAAAUGAUGAAGUUGUAUAUUUUGCUGAUGAAUCCAUCAACAAAAUCCUCUUCCAUUCUGAGAAGAUUUGACUA